UUUUCUUUUCUCAACAACAACACCAUCAACACCACCGCCACCAACAACAACCUCACCAUGGCAGAUGUGUUGGAAGAAGCCGGCGAGACUGGCGGAGGUGCGAGUCUGGCCAAGGAUCUCUUUUCUGGCGCAGUUGGAGGCAUUGCUCAAGUCCUGAUUGGACAACCAUUCGACAUUGUCAAAGUGCGAUUACAGACGACAUCCGAAUACAAGAGUGCCCUCGACUGCGCGUCUCGAAUCUUGAAGAAUGAAGGCGCCCCCGCCUUCUACAAAGGCACUCUCACCCCCUUGAUCGGCAUAGGCGCCUGCGUCUCCGUCCAAUUUGGCGCAUUCAACUACGCCAAACGAGCAUUCGAAGCCCACAACAACAACAAAAACAACAACACACUCAGCAAAGCCCUUCUCCAACAACAGCAACCCCUGACUUAUUCCCAAUACUACGCAGCAGGAGCCUUCGCCGGCCUCGCCAACACCGCCCUCUCCACUCCCAUCGAACACAUCCGUAUCCGCCUGCAAACCCAACCCCACGGCCCCUCCAAACUCUACAACGGCCCUCUCGACGUCAUCCGCAAACUCGGCCUCCCAGGAAUCUACCGCGGCACAUCCGUCACUCUCCUCCGCGAAGCCUCGGCCUACGGCGCCUGGUUUCUCUCCUUUGAAUAUCUCAUGGCCUCGGACUGCCGACGCAAUUCUGUGAUAAGGAAAGAAAUUCCUACAUGGAAGGUGGCGCUGUAUGGAGGGUUGGCGGGCGAAAUGUUGUGGAUUGCUUCGUAUCCGUUUGAUGUGAUUAAAUCGAAAAUGCAAACUGAUGGGUUUGGGAAGGAGAGGAAGUUUAAGAGUAUGAGGAGUGCUUUUGCGCAGACUUGGAUCAGGGAGGGUGCGAGGGGGUUUUGGAAGGGGAUUGCUCCGACUUUGUUGCGUGCUAUGCCUGUUUCGGCCGGGACGUUUGCGACUGUCGAGUUGACGUUGAGGGCUAUUAGUUGAGAUGUUUCUUUUUCUUUAAGAAAGAUUAGAGGUAUUGUUGUUGCAUGGUGUGUGUGGUUGAUGCAGCCAAGAGAAGAGUGGCAUGAAUACAUUAGGGACUAUAGAAUACAUGUACCUACCUACUACCUCCACUGUGAGCUAGGUAUACAUGACUCGCGGGAAAUAGCCACGAGAGGCACUAGUUUCGGUACAUAUACACAUUUCCC